UGGGCUCAUCUCUGGGGAAGAAUGAUCCAAGACUCUUACCCAGCGAUGCCUUGUCUUUGGAACACUUUUGAGAAGAGGGUGAAGAAAGAGUCGCUGGACACUGGGCAGAUGACUUUGACUUCGGCCCAACUCAAGUACUUGGAGAUUUGCCUGAAGGAAGCAGAAGAAAAGGCGAAAGCUUUAACCGAACAGCUUGCAGUCUCUGAAGAAACUAAAGCAAAACUGCUUGAUCAAGUGUGCUGGCUAGAGAAACAACUAGAGACUAUAAGCCGGAAAGAAGCCAGAGAAGAGUCGUAUGAAGAAAUGGUACUUAAGAAGGACCAGUGCAUUGAGAAGCUGCAAGCUGAAGUAAAAGCUUCCCAGGAGCAACUUAAAGCCCAUAAACUAAAGCACAGGAAGAAAGUGGAAAAGCUACAAACUGAUUUGGCCACAGCUAAGCAAGAGGCUGCCUUCACUGUCCUGGAACUCAAAGAGAAGAUAAAGAGGCUCUGUGAGGGAAAGCCAGCCCCUAGAGCAGACCAGUGGCCAGAAGAGCUAUGUGGAGAGCUCCCACCCGUGGAAGCAGGUGAUAGAAAAAUUAGCCUGAUUAUGGAGCUGUCAAGCCAACUCUCCCUUCAGACAGAGAAGAUCAGUCACUUGGAAGAAGUACUGGAGGAAAAAGAAAAGAAGAUUCAGGAACUACAAGCCGAGCGGUGCUCCUACAUAGCCCAAGAGACAACAGCCCCUACAGAAUGUGUAUAAAAAUGCUCCUCCCU